AUCUACCUAAACUAAGUCCAAGCAACUUGCAAGUUGACGAUCCACUUGCUUUAGUCGGGUGUAUGAUGCAUGAUAGGAUCACCACCCCAAAAAUCUCUCUCUCUCUCUCUCUCUCUCUCUCUCUCUCUCUCUCUCAUCUCUUAAAUCUCCAAGAAAACAUCAAACUAAUGCAAGUGGACAUAAAGGAAAAUUGAAAUUUCUUUGCUUUCCCUUCUCUUUCUCUCUAUAUGCAUAUAUAUCUUCCCAUGUCGUACGCAUAAUUCUUAACCCUAAACGGCUAAACCAAAACUGAAGAGACCAACCAAAAAGACAACAACAAACACCCCACAAAUAUGCCUGCUGCAGCUUCCCAGCAACUCCAAAGAAUCUCCGCCACAACCACCGCUCUACCUUGCCACAAGCAGUCUCAACCCACCGUCAACAUAUGGCGGGUUCCCCUCAUUUGGGAUACUUCUUCGCUUCCUGAUUACGUUUCUUGCUACCAUACUCGCACCGUAGGACCUAACCAGUGCUGCUCCGCUGUCGUCAAGACCAUAAAUGCACCUGUCUCCACCGUCUGGUCGGUAGUCCGCCGUUUCGAUAACCCUCAAGCUUAUAAGCACUUUGUCAAGAGCUGUCAUCUCAUAAACGGCGAUGGAGAUGUAGGCACACUCCGGCAAGUUCAUGUGGUGUCUGGACUUCCUGCUGAGUCAAGCACGGAGAGACUAGAGAUUCUUGAUGAUGAUCACCAUGUCUUGAGCUUUAGCAUGAUUGGCGGCGACCACCGGCUAAAUAAUUACCGGUCAGUGACCACCCUCCACGCUUCUCCAGGUGAAAACGGUACGGUUGUUAUUGAAUCAUACGUAGUUGAUAUACCGGCAGGAAAUACUAAGGAGGAUACAUGUGUUUUUGCUGAUACAAUUGUAAGGUGCAACUUGGAAUCUUUGGCUCAGAUUUCUCAGAACAUGGCCAAGAAUACCCAGAUACAGAUAUCAUCACCAUCGUCGUCAUCAUCUUAAAUUGAUUGUUUUGAAACGGGUUCUUCGAUAAUUUUUUUGGUUUUCGAUUCAGGUUUGGAUUUGAUCAUCAGAUCGAUCAUAGAUUGCCAAUGCCCGAAUUGGAAAUUCGUAGAUCCGGAUAUAUAUGUAUAGGUUCUUGCAGGUGUUUAUAGUAUUUUUGUGCUUUGCCAACUUUGUUUUCCUUCGAGACUGCUACCACAUUAGCAUACAAUUAUAGUUUACAUUUCAUGUUUUACCCAUGCUCUACCUUUGUCCAUUUUCUCUUGUUAAAGUUCUUUUUCUUUUCUUGUUUUCCUUCAAGCUUGGGAGAAGGCUGUUAAUUUUGUGUGUUUCUGUACAUAUUAUUGUCUCUAAAUUACUUGUUCUUCUUUCUUGUUUCCCUUCCUCAUCUCCCUUGCCCUUAUUGUAUAUGUAUUUCCGUCUCAUACCUAUGUUAAUUAAAGAGAAUUAAGAGAUAUGUUUAUUA